AUGUGUCUUGCAAGUUUAGAUCUGGAAAGUCUCAUGGCUACAAUAUCACGGACUCAUCAAUUCACUGAUGAUUGCUGCCGCAGUCCGGUUCCGAACCAUGGUUUGAACCUGACCAUUGGUCAGGUUCGUCCAUGGUUCGGUCCAUGGUUCCCCAUUUUGGCCGGACCGAACCGAAAUGAGGUUCACGGUUCGUUGUUCCUGGGACGGUUCAGUCAUGGGUUUGGACCUUCCCGAACCAUUAGGGACCGCGAACCGAAACUUCCUUGCAAAGCUGGUAACUUCUCUUCCGCACUCAUGGGUACUUCGACUUCUGGGAUCCUCGACAUCUUUCAAUUCUGUCCAGACACUCGCAUUUCGUGCUCCCAGUUGUCCAAUCAAGCUCAAGGAUUCUCCAAUGCACAUGGCGGAGACUGGUUGUGUUUGCACUGGUCUGAAUCAAUCUUGACACUAUUUAGUCAAUCAUUUUCAGAUAAAUUCAAACAUUUGUCAAGGCGCACAUUAUACUCAUGGGAGCAUCGGCACAUAUUAUUGAGGACCGGCUACAACACUGCACAGGACCACCUUUUACUGGAGGUGGAUGCAUUAGGCGCGGUCAAGGUGGAUUUUGGAGGGAUUGUGUCUUGCGCUAAGCUGUAGAGGUGCGUGUUUGUGCUCUGAAUGCUGAGCGCUGAUGGCUCCCUCAAGGGCUGGCACCCAUCGCUACCAGCGCACAAUCCACACGCAUGGGAUCCCUCCUCAGCGGCACCACCAACUCAUGCACUCCCAUCCGACCCCUUCACGCAUCUUUCCACAACUUCCUGACAGACAAGUCAUCCAGCA